UCUGUUGGUUUUUGCCUGUCGUCAGAAGAUCAGAGAACAUGCAGGAGUCUGAGUCCUCCUCUGCCAUGAAUACGUCUUCCAAUUGGACCCUGCCUGGCUCUCUAACAGUGUCCCCUGCAGCAGAACGGCUCCGGCACAUACUGUGGGAGGAUGAUGGAACUGCAAGACCCACAAUAUUCACUGAGAUGGACACAUUACAACAGGAAGGGGGUGAAUUAGAGUGGAAAGAAUCUGCAAGGUGGGUGAAGUUUGAGGAGAAGGUGGAGGAGGGAGGGGAAAGAUGGAGCAAGCCUCACGUCUCCACACUGACCCUACACAGCCUGUUUGAGCUCAGGACUUGUUUGCAGACUGGGAGCAUUCUGCUGGACCUGGAGGGUUUCUCGCUGCCACAGAUUGUGGAUGAGAUUGUGGAGCGACAGAUAGCAGACGGUCUUGUUAGCCCAGAGCUGAAGGAGAAAAUCACCUUUGUCUUGCUCAGAAAACAUCGUCACCAGACAAAGAAACCAAUCCACCGCUCUCUGGUAGACAUGGGAAAGUCCUCUAACACAGCUUCAAGUAAGUAUUCUCUGUCAGACCAUAGUACCUCUGGGAUCCACCGCUCCACAGAUGACCUACGCUCCAGGCAGUCCAGCAGUCUUGGUCGUCAGUAUAAUGUCCAGAGCCAAAGCUUGAAUGAUAUUUCAGAAACACUCAGCACAGAUCAGUUGAAGAAUAAGUUCAUGAAGAAGAUUCCUCGUGACGCUGAGGCAUCCAAUGUCCUUAUUGGUGAGGUGGAUUUUCUUGACAAACCAUUUGUCGCCUUUGUACGUCUGGCUCAAGCAUUGACUCUAGGGGGCCUCACUGAGGUCCCUGUGCCAACUAGGUUUCUCUUUAUCUUGCUGGGUCCUCAUGGCAAAACCAAGUCCUACAAUGAGAUUGGUAGAGCAAUCGCUACACUCAUGGUGGAUGAUCUGUUCAGUGAUGUUGCAUACAAAGCAAGGGACCGUGAAGACCUGAUUGCAGGUGUUGAUGAGUUUCUCGAUGAGGUGAUUGUCCUCCCCCCAGGUGAAUGGGACCCCAAAAUCCGAAUUGAACCUCCAAAGAAAGUUCCAUCAGCAGAAAUGCGGAAGUCAGUACUGAACCUGAACGAGCUGGGUCAAAUGAAUGGCUUGGCUACAGGGGCAGCUGGAGGGGAAGAUGAAGAGCUUCCAGUUCAGCACGAACUGGGAGAGGAACUCAAAUUUACUGGGAGGUUUGGAGGUGGAUUAUGGCUGGACAUCAAAAGGAAGAUCCCCUGGUAUUGUAGUGAUAUCUACGAUGGCUUCCAUAUCCAGUCCAUCUCUGCAGUGCUCUUCAUCUACCUUGGCUGCAUCACCAAUGCAAUCACUUUUGGAGGGUUGUUAGGAGACGCUACUGACAAUUACCAGGGUGUAAUGGAGAGUUUCCUCGGUACUGCAUUAGCAGGAACUGUCUUCUGUUUGGUUGGUGGCCAACCUCUCAUUAUUCUGAGCUCCACUGGACCCAUUCUCAUCUUUGAAAAACUACUUUAUGAAUUCAGCAAGACGAACAGCAUUGACUACAUGGAGCUGCGGCUGUGGAUUGGGCUGCACUCAUCUCUCCAGUGUCUGGUGCUGGUUCUUGCUGAUGCCAGCUACAUUAUUAAGUAUAUGACCCGCUUCACAGAGGAGGGUUUCUCCAGUCUCAUCUCAUUUAUUUUCAUCUCUGAUGCCAUUAAAAAGAUGGUUGGAUCUUUCAUCUACUUCCCAAUCAACCGCGGCUUCAAGCCCGACUAUGUCACGGUCUAUAGAUGUGAAUGCAUCGCUCCACAUGAAGCAUCUGUGCUGGGCUUCAAUGUUUCAGCUCCAUUAGCAGAUAAUACCAUGAGUCUUCUGUUUAACUUGACAGAGUUGGACUGGAGUCAGCUAAGUAAGAAAGAGUGUGUCAAGUAUGGUGGCACCUUAACUGGGGACUCCUGUAAGUAUGUUCCUGAUCUGGCCCUUAUGUCCUUCAUCCUCUUCUUUGGCACCUACUCCAUGACUGUUUCUCUGAAGAAAUUCAAGUUCAGCCGUUACUUCCCAACAAAGUUCCGCAUCCUGAUUAGUGAUUUUGCCAUCAUCAUUUCUAUCCUGGUCUUCUGUGGGUUGGACUGCCUGUUGGAUCUGGAUACCCCCAAACUGCAUGUGCCCACUGAAAUAAAGCCCACACGUUCUGACCGUGGAUGGCUAGUGAUGCCAUUCGGAAAGAACCCCUGGUGGAUGUACCUGGCGAGCUUUGUUCCUGCUCUGCUCGUAACUAUCCUCAUCUUCAUGGACCAACAAAUUAGCGCUGUCAUCGUCAACCGCAAGGAAAAUAAACUUAAGAAAGGCUGUGGCUACCAUCUGGACCUGUUCUGGGUGGGAAUACUGAUGGCUGCUUGUUCCUUCAUGGCUUUGCCCUGGUACGUGGCAGCAACGGUCAUCUCCAUCGCCCACAUCGACUCCUUGAAAAUGGAAAGCGAGACCAGCGCACCUGGAGAGCAACCGCAGUUUCUUGGUGUUCGGGAGCAGAGGUUAACGGGUACGCUGGUGUUUGUGUUGACGGGGUUCUCAGUGUUCCUCGCGCCUAUUCUUCAGUACAUCCCAAUGCCCGUCCUGUAUGGAGUGUUCCUGUACAUGGGAGUGGCCUCACUAAGCGGUAUCCAGUUCUGGGAACGUAUCAAAUUGUAUCUGAUGCCACCAAAACACCAGCCAGACUUCUCCUUCCUUCGUCAUGUUCCUCUGAGACGUGUCCACCUUUUCACCCUCGUCCAAAUUGUGUGUCUAGCUGUCCUCUGGAUCCUGAAGUCCACAUUCCUGGCUAUCAUCUUCCCAGUAAUGAUUCUGGGACUGAUGGUUGUUCGGAAGUUUCUGGAUUUCAUGUUCUCGCAACAUGACUUAGCAUGGCUGGAUGACAUCCUCCCCGAUAAAGAAAAAAAGAAGAAGGAGGAUGACAAGAAGACGAAGAAGGAGAAGAAAGUGACAGCACCAGAAAGUGAUGAGCAUGACAGCUCAGUCCCCCCUCCUGUGAUGAUUCCACUGGAGGCCAUCAGGCCCCACCCUCAGCCACACCCCACACAUGUUACCCUACCCUCCCAAAACCAAGCCUCUAACUCAUUACUCUGCGCCUGAAGAUAUCCUGCCCACCCUCGCCUACACACUCCCAGAUGAGCUUUGCACCAGGGGACGCUUCAUCACACCUGUUGCCUCGCCCACCUGUACCUCAAGUCAACAUCCAGGUGGAGUCCGACUGCAAGGAGUCCAUUGACUUGCCUAAACACCACAGCCUUUAUCUCCGUAAUGAUCUGACACCUAAAGCAGAAUUUUCUCAUAAAGUACACACCCACUUUAGUGACUCUUGUGCUGAGACUAUUCUGUAGACAACCAGAAGUUGCAUAUUGCUGCAUAUUACUUAUCUCCGUAUGUCACUAUAACUUUGUUUAGAGGUUGGACCACAGCCCGCAAAAAAUUUCUUUGCAAACAAAAGUUGCCUUUCACAUUAAGUAAUUGUAUUUUACCACCGCCAAACAGUCAAGACUGUUCGCCAAACAGUCUAGACAAUCUUCACUCUUAGACCUUGUCUUUCAAAUUCACAGAACACAGUAACACAAAAAGAAAAAUAAAUUGUGAUUAUAAGUAAAUUAACCUGAAUUUGUACCCGUUAGGUGUCCAUUUUAAAAGAUUAUUUCCUCUUUGUCAUUUAUUUCUUGUACAUCUAAACAAUGCUAGGAAAAAUGUUAAUUUACAUAAUGACUGAUACUGUAUGCAUAUAAAGUCCUCAAAUGUAAUAAAACCACAUUUAAAGUCUG